ACAGCAUCUUUUUCCCUCACAACCCCCAAAACCCACAAUGGAAAUAACAGAGCUACCAAAACCCUCACCACCACCACCGUGCUGGAGCAACAUCUUAAAACAAAAACAACAACCAUCAUCAGAAAACCCCACCAACCACAAUGAUCCAUCGCAAUCCACCGUUUUAAAUCUCGUCGGCAGCUGCAAAUCAACCAAAGGCAUCGCCGUCGCUGUGGUGGAUGCAAAUGCAAUCAUACAAGGCGGUGAACAGCUUCAUAGCUCUGCCGAUAAGUUUGUUUCGGUUUCUGAUGUUAUUCGAGAAAUUAGAGAUCCUACUUCUCGUCAUAGACUUAAUUUGUUGCCCUUUACUGUUGAUAUUAUGGAACCUUCCCCUGAAUCUAUCAAAAAAGUUAUUAGCUUUGCAAGGGCAACCGGAGAUCUACAAACACUGUCAGAUGUUGAUCUUAAACUCAUUGCUUUGACUUAUACCUUGGAAUCUCAAAUUCAUGGAACUAGCCAUCUCCGGGAUGCCCCUCCCCCUAUUCGUACGGUUAAUGUGAGGAGGCUUCCGGAGAAAGAGUUGCCUGGAUGGGGGUCCAAUGUUCCUAACUUGGCCCAAUGGGAAGCAUUGGAACAUCUAAAUGGAGAUGGUUCAGGAGCUGCCUCAAGAAUUCUUCCUCUGAAUGUUUUGGAUCUGAAUGCCAUGCCUGGAGAGAAGGAUCAAACUAAUGAAGAUUCUGCAUCAGCAAAUGGAUCUGAGGCACAAUAUAAUGAUGAUGCUGCUUUUGGUAAACCUCGAAAAUAUUUGCCUAAAAAGAAAGAAGUUGUAAUUGAAGGGAAAAAGAUGGUGGCAGAUGGAAUUGAUGCAUCUCAGGGGCAGAUUGAUGAUAAUGCAGAUGAUUGGCUCCCUGCUGUGAGUCGAAGCACUCAUAGGAGGUUUAUGAGGAGAAAGGCUAGACGUGAAAUGGCUGAGGCGGCAACUGAAAGAGAAAUUCAGAAUGACGCAAAUGCACAAAUUGAAAAUGAAGAAAAUCUUGAUGAUACGAAGUUACCAGAUUUGAUCUAUGAAAAUUCCGAUGAAUCACUUGUAAAAGAAAAGGUGACUGGUGGAGAAGAUGUAUCAACAAUUCUGGGUAAAAUGAGGCUUGAAGAAGACUCGGAAAAGGCUUUUGAAAAUGGUGAACAGAACGAGACUGAAGAUGUGAAUGAAGCGUUGGAACACUUGGAUAUGACUAGUGAGACUAAUGAAAGUGUUGAUACAUCAUAUGUGGAUGAUGACAGUAGUGAGCAAAGUUGGAUGUUAAGAUCACUUUCUGAGUCGAGUGUUGCUUGUGUUACUGGUGAUUUUGCAAUGCAGAAUGUUAUUCUGCAAAUGGGUUUACGGCUAGUUGCACCAGGAGGAAUGCAAAUACGUGAGCUGCAUAGGUGGAUAUUGAAAUGUCAUGCUUGCUUUAAGGUGACAAUGGAGAUUGGUAGGAUAUUUUGUCCAAGUUGUGGGAAUGGAGGCACAUUAAGAAAAGUAGCUGUUACCGUUGGUGAAAAUGGAGCUCUUAUUGCAGCUCGCCGACCACGUGUAUCUGUACGGGGCACUAAGUUUUCAUUACCUCUGCCACAAGGUGGAAGGGACGCCAUUACCAAGAAUCCGAUUCUACGUGAGGAUCAAAUUCCACAGAAGUUCAUGCAACCCAAGACAAAAAAGAAGAAUAAACAGGCUGAUGACAUCUUUGCUACAAAUGAAAUGUUUACUCACCAUUCAGAGAAGCGGGCUCCUUUUCAACCACCAGUAAGGAAAGCACUAGCAGUUUUUAGUGGCAGGAGGAAUCCGAAUGACAAUCACUAUUCUCGUUCGAAGCAUUAGAGUUGUCCUCAUAAAUUUUGCAAUAUGUAUAUUGCUUAAGGUUGUGUUCUAAGACUUGAGUCCCAUGGGCAUUUGAACUUGAGUGCAGUUUUGUUUUCAUUUCUUUUGGUUUAUUACUUUACUGGAUAAAACUAUCAGUCGUUGGUCCCAGAGUCCCAUGGGCAUAUUUUAACUUUAGUGCAUAGUUUUUAUCUUUCAUGGUUCA